CGCGAGGUUUUCUCUCUCGCCGGUAAUUGGUCCUCGGUAACGGCCCCGCUCUCCCGGAGGCUGCAUUCAUUGUUGUUGUGGCGUUUCCUUCGCUGCUGUGAGCCGGUGACCGAGGCUCUGGUGUUCGCAGUGUGUCGCUGCCGCCGCCUCCGCCCUCCUCCUCCGCUGCAGUGAGCCGCCGCCCUCCUGUCAGCCGACACAGACAUGGCCGAUCCCAAAUACGCCGACCUGCCGGGCAUCGCUAGGAAUGAGCCAGAUGUUUAUGAAACAAGUGAUCUGCCCGAAGACGACCAGGCUGAGUUUGAUGCGUUUGCACAAGAGCUGGAGGAACUGACCAGUACCAGUGUAGAGCAUAUCAUUGUCAACCCCAAUGCAGCUUAUGACAAAUUUAAAGACAAGAGGGUUGGCAUUAAAGGACUAGAUUUCUCAGAUCGAAUCAGCAGGUCAAAAAGGACAGGAUAUGAAUCUGGAGAAUAUGAACUAAUGGGGGAAGGAAUUGGCAUCAAGGAGACACCACAACAAAAGUACCAGCGGCUGCUUCAUGAAGUACAAGAGCUGACGCAAGAAGUUGAGAAUAUACAGAGCACUGAUAAGGAAUCGUCCACUGAAGAGAAGCUUACUCCAGUUGCAUUAGCAAAGCAAGUGGCUACAUUAAAGCAACAAUUGGUUUCCAACCACUUGGAGAAGUUGUUAGGUCCUGACGCUGCCAUCAACCUGACAGACCCUGAUGGAGCUCUUGCAAAGCGGUUGUUAACUCAGUUGGAUGCUGCUAAAACCAGGAAGAUUCCAGAAGGAAAAAGCCAGGCAAAGGGAUUAGACAAAGAUGGGGGUUUGGUCACCUAUGAAUUACAUUGCCGUCCUGAACAAAACAAAUUUUCCCAGGCUGCUAAGCUGGCAGAGCUUGAGAAAAGACUGGGUGAGCUAGAAUCCGCUGUGCGCUGUGACCAGGACCCACAGAAUCCUCUCACUGUUGGAUUGCAAGGAUCAAAUAUCAUGGAUAGUGUGGAAAUACUACAAGCUAAAGUGAACAUGUUAGAUGUUGGAUCGUUGGAUCAGGUGGAAGCCAGGCUACAGAGUGUUUUGGGGAAGAUGAACGAAAUUGCAAAGCACAAAGCAGCGGUUGAGGAUGCAGACACAGAAAGCAAGGUGCACCAGCUAUUCGACAUUGUUCAAAAAUGGGAUUCCAUGUCUGGCACAUUGCCCCAGGUGGUGCAAAGGCUGGUGGCGUUAAAGCAGCUUCAUGAACAAGCCAUGCAGUUUGGCCAGCUGCUUACCCAUCUGGAUACUACACAGCAGAUGAUUGCCAAUUCCCUAAAGGACAACAAAAGUGGUUUGGCCGUGGUCCAAAAGGCCAUGAAGGAGAAUUUAGCUACAGUGGAGGACAACUUCUCUAGUAUCGAUUCCAGAAUAAAGAUACUGAGCAAAUGAGCAACAAUUGAUCUUUAAAAGGCCCAUUCUUUUCAACAUCAAAAACGAGUUCCUGCAAACGCUGCACUAUGAAAUUGCUCUAAAUUCCCCUAGCCUAUAAGGAAGGUUUUACCAUUGUGUAUAUAUAAAUAUAUAUAUAUCUAUAGUCUUGUUGGCCUUCAGUUUUACCCCUUCCACUGCUCUUUUCCCAGACUAUGCUUCCUGCUCCCUUUCUGUCCCCACCCAUGCACGGGACCCUUAUGUGCCUAUUGGAUCAGGUGCUCUUAUCAUAGUUCCAGUGCCCCGGAACUAAAGGAUUUUUCAAGGUGUUGCAUUUGCAUGUUGGUACUUAACAUACGGACAGGGAGAAUGUGGGGAUGAAUUUUCUUAGGCCUUUUAUUUAUAUCUGUAUGUAUCAUUGUUAAACCCUCUGGUGCAGAAUUCUGUGUUUUCUGAACAGAACACUGAGAAUAAUAUAACAGCUUUGCUGGCUUGAGGGAAAUUGUUCUACACUAACAGUCUUCUCUAAAAAUAAACAUGAAGUAAAUUAUAAAAAAAAUUGUACUGAAA